AUGGGGAGACUUGGAGCCCUGAAGGAAGUAGCGCCCAGCCUGGACUUUGCUGGGCCGAUGUGUGGAUUGAUUCAGGGUGGAUCCCCCCUACCUGUGGCAACAGGGCUUCAUGCCUCCUUCUCCUCCACAGCCAAGGACUACGAGAACGCCAUCAAGUACUACAGUCAGGCCAUCGAUUUGAACCCCAACAAUGCUAUCUACUAUGGCAACCGCAGCCUGGCCUACCUGCGCACCGAGUGCUACGGCUAUGCCCUGGGCGAUGCCACUCGGGCCAUCGAGCUUGACAAGAAGUACAUCAAAGGCUACUACCGACGGGCGGCCAGCAACAUGGCACUGGGCAAGUUCCGAGCUUCACUCUCUCUUCCUGACCAGGUGGUGAAGGUGAAGCCUAACGACAAGGAUGCUAAGAUGAAGUACCAAGAGUGUAGCAAGAUUGUGAAACAGAAGGCCUUUGAGCGGGCCAUCGCGGGCGACGAGCACCGGCGUUCUGUUGUGGACUCUCUGGACAUCGAGAGCAUGACCAUUGAAGAUGAAUACAGUGGGCCCAAGCUUGAGGACGGCAAAGUGACAAUCACCUUCAUGAAAGAGCUCAUGCAGUGGUAUAGGGAACAGAAGAAACUGCACCGGAAGUGUGCCUACCAGAUCCUAGUACAGGUGAAGGAAGUCCUCUGCAAGCUGAGCACUCUAGUGGAGACGACUCUGGAAGAGACAGAGAAGAUUACAGUGUGCGGGGACACCCAUGGCCAGUUCUAUGACCUGCUCAACAUAUUUGAGCUCAACGGUUUACCUUCAGAGACCAACCCCUAUGUAUCCUCCCGUGUCGCCCCGUGUGGAGAGGGCGGCGCCCCGCUAGGGAAGAACACCGGGACUGACCGCCAUCUUACUGUUACUGUGGUCACUGCACCUCCAGGCUACAAGGUGACACACCAGUGUCCACCCAGCCCAGGGCUCCAGCAGGCUGUCCCGUCUCCUGCCUCAGUGCCCCCAUGUCCCAUGUGUGACCUGUUGUGGUCAGAACCCCAGCCACAGAACGGGCGCUCCGUCAGCAAGCGGGGUGUGAGUUGCCAGUUUGGGCCUGAUGUCACCAAGGCCUUCCUGGAGGAGAACCAGCUGGAGUACAUCAUCCGCAGCCAUGAAGUUAAGGCUGAAGGCUAUGAGGUGGCCCAUGGUGGCCGCUGUGUCACCGUCUUCUCUGCCCCCAACUAUUGGUGCGUCUCCCCCUCCCACCCUCUGCUCGGGGCACAGGGUUUGCUGUGUGGCUUUUGAAGACAGGUCUUACUCUAGUCCAGGGCUGUGUCAUCCAUACUCAGGACAUUUCUGUUGCGUGCCUCUCAAGUGGAAGAUAGGCCUGAGCCACUCUGGCAGGUUUUGGCUUUAACUUUCCUCAUGGAAAAUUUCUGCCAUAGGAAGGAAGGACACCAGAGAGUGCAUACAUG